AUGGACCGUGCCAUGGCUAUGAGGGAUAUGGAAUACGACGAAAACGCCAUCAUGGACGACGACAGGGACGCCGAGCCCCCCGUGACCGGAACCCCUCAGCGUCUUCUCCUCGGCCGCUCGCCCUUGUCCAAGACGCGCUCCAUGUCGGACGGCGGGACGCCCUCAAAGCUUUCACCAUCGCCUCACAUCACCGAGCGGAACACAUCCAAGGACGACAGCCAUAUCGGGAGCGCGGGUGCGGCGGCGGCGGUGGCGCCUCCCGUCACUCCCCACCGAUCCGAGUUCCCGCUCCGCGGACUGUCACUGCAGAUGCCUGCAAACUCUCCGUCCUCGUCGUCCUCCGCCACCUUCACGAAACCCGCGCCGUUGUCACCGAAGCUCGACCACUCCCAGAUCUACGCGAGCCCGACAAACAUCCUUCCGCGUCGCUCCCGCGGUCUUGAUUUCUCCCGCGCCGCUACCAGCCUGCACCACUCGACCCUCGCGGAGUCGUCGCCCGACUCGUCACCCACGAUCGGAGGAAGAGGAAUGAACAUUCCGGGAAGGAGGAGCAACGAUUACGGCCAGGCCGAGCAGACGACCAAUUCGUUGUGGUCGAUGAUGGGCAACCACGAGCGCAUGACCGUGUCGAGCUCACUAGGCAGCGCGAACCACCCGCUGGGGUCGGAUUCUUCGUCUUCAUCCGACGACGACGACAUCAUGGAUGAAGACAUGGAUGAGCCGUACAUUGGUACGCCGCAGGCCAACAAAACCAGCGCGCCGAUCGGAACACAGUCUCCUGCUCCGUGGAUGGGGUCUCCUGCAAUGAACAGCCUGAUGAGCUUUCAGCAGCGGCAGCGCCAGAGGAAACUGCCCAAAAAGAAACAUAAGCCCCCAUUGGGUCUCGGAUUCAGCCCGGCCACCGUCGCCGGUCUGUCGAAGUCACCGCCAAGUAACAGUUCAAAGGAUGCCUCCGCCCAUAACCGGAGAGAGAGCAUCAGCUGGCAGGCGAACCAGCUGCAUAUAUCCGGCGAGGAGGAGAGGGGGGAUAUCGACCAUCUCUUGACGACACCCAGCCGUGACGGACAGCGACCAACAAUUAUGAAACGCGUGGUCACCCGUCGCGCAAAUCUCUUGCCCAAAACGAAGAACUUUGCUCGCAUCAGAGCGGCUCUGUUUGAGGAAGGCGCGCCUGUGGAGGUGGAAACCCGGCGCGAGGCCGAAGUCGUGCGCCAAGUGCGUGAAAGCGACAUGGACCUCGAGCCGCCACGCCAACCAACGGCACCGGCCACACAACAUUCAUCACCGAACCUCGGAACGCAGGAAACCUCUCUAGACGACAUUCCGGAGAGUAUGAUAACCGAUUCCGCGCUUAGCCUCUCGGGUAGCUUCAAGCAGCAGGCACUAAAGAACUCAAAAGGCUCCAAAUUCUGGGAUACGUUCUCGGAAGCCAGCAGCGCCGGCACACGCACAACACCGCCCCCUCCCAACGGACUGCCCCGCGGAUCGUCUUCCGGCAUGAGCGAGGACAUCUCCAUGGACUCGCCGUCUCUAGGACCGACAGCAGGCUUCGCCAUGGCCGCAAGCAGCGGCGAGUCGCAGAAAGGCGACACACCCCUCCUGACACAAGGCCCGCAACCAGCCCCCAGCGCGGCCGAGAUCACGCGGCGCAUUAACAGCAAGCGCCGCCGCGAAGACGACUUCGACCCCGUCAGCUUCAAGCGCCGUGCCGUGAGCCCCGGCAUGAGCGUCCACAACUCCCCGAUCAUGCAGAGCCCCAUGCAACGCGACGUGCAACCGUGGGGGUCCAGACCCGGCAGCAACAGCGGCGACCGUGGCGGUGACCGUGGCGGCGGCGAACGCGGCGGCAGCGGCGCGCCCAGCGAGUCGGGAAGUCUGGGCGGCACGCCGGGCAGCAACCCGAACGGCAACGGCCGGGUGAACGGGACCAAGGGUAGGGUCGGGUUCCAGGGCAUGGUCGACACCAGCGACGGCCUGAUGCGGAUGAGCAUCGAGUGA